GGGUUCGAAAACGUGCAGGAAACUGAACGGCCGUGACGCAUCUUUCAGGAAACGAAAGUUUUACGCUUCCUACUGAGCUUGUACAACAGAGCUAUCCGUAUCAUUUUCCACAAGCAACAAGAAAAACGAUGUCGGAGACAGAGAUGAGUUCGAUCCAGGACAGUUUACAACCAAAACUGGAUCAGCUGGAGUGUCACUUUACUUGGGACAUUAAAAAAGAUGAUCUAGUCUUAACAGAUAUUCUCAAGAGGCUUGAGGAGCAGGUCAAGCUGGGUCUAGGGCGGGAGCAAGGAGUUGCACGAACUCACUGCUCUUUAGGAUAUGUGAAAUUCCUUCUUGAGCACAAAGACGAGGCCCUUACACACCUGGUGAAAUCUGAGACACUCAUUAAAGAAAACCUCGGUGACAACUGUGACAAGACUCUAAUUGUCACCUAUGGAAAUUUUGCCUGGAUAAACUACCACAUGAAGAACUACUCAGACUGUGAAAGUUACCUGAUGAAGCUUCAGAAGAUAAAAGAAACAUUUCCAACUGAGUUUUCAUCUUUUCCAGAGGUCCUUGGUGAGAAAGGAUGGGCCUAUCUUAAAUUCUCUCGCAAAUAUUAUGACAGAGCCGUAGAAGUUUUCCAGAAGGCUGUGGAAUUGGAUCCAGAAAAUAGCGAGUGGAACGCUGGUUAUGCCACAGCUCUGUAUCGCAUUGAAACUAGUACCCGCACUGAGUCUUGCACUGUGGAUUCACCUGCGAUCAAACAGCUGAGACAGGCCCUUGACAUCAACCCAGAUGAUAAUACCUUAAGAGUUCUUCUAGGACUUAAACUUUCGUUAUGUUCCAAAAUGUUGAUGAAUGAGUCUGAGAAACUAAUGGAGACAGCUCUAAAUGGCUCUCCAGAAGAUCCACAUGUCAUAAGGUAUGUUGGGAAAUUCUUCAGGAAUCAAGGAUCUGUCGACAAGUCUAUUGAACUGCUGAAGAAAGCACUUGAAAGAUCACCAAACUCAGGUUUCAUACAUCAUCAGUUGGCAAUGUGCUACAAGACCAAGAAAAUAAAUUUACAGAAAGAAAAACGACAAGACAGAGGUAACAGAACUGAGGUAAACUAUGCACGAAAUCAGUGCAUCUACUACUUAGAAAAGGCAACUUCUCUGAAAGCUUCCUUUAUCAUUGCCAUGUGUGAGCUUGCACUUCAAUACGGCGAGAGAGGUGAACUGUCCAAAGCAGACAAACUGUUUGGCAGAACAUUUGAGACAGCUAGAGAGAAAAAUGAUUGUGUGCAUGUAGUACAUUAUUACUAUGCUGAGUUCCAGCAGUACAGUAAGAGGUGUGUGGACUUGGCAAUCAAGCACUACAAAAAGAGUUUCACAAUGAAUCCACACUCUAGUGAGGGGGAAGGAAGUGCAAAGAAACUGAUGAUCAUUGCCCAGAGAAGUAUCAAGGUUAACCCAGAUGAUUGGAAGGCCAAUGAAAUACUGGGAUUAAUUUAUCAAUUGAAAGGGGAAAAAUAUGGGGACACCAAGAGCUAUGCACCCACUUCAGACAAUGAAGAGGAUGAUGAAUACCAUAGUAAUCUUAGUGAGUGCCUUAAAGGAUGCACAAUUAAUGGUUAAAAAAACAACGGGCCUUAAUUGUUCACAGAACAAAUGAAUCCAAGUGAUUCCAACAGCUAGUAAUUUGAAUAAAACAUGCCCAAACUUUCUGUACAGUCUUACAUCUCUCUUUUUCUUGCUAGCUUGCUCCCUCUCUCAUGCAUGUUCACUUCAGCUUAAGAGAAAGAUCGUUGAGUAAAGCAUUGCAUUUUCAAAACCAGAUAAAGACAUACGGUGAAUUCAGGUAAAGUGCGGCAAUUAACCUUGAUUGUACUGUGCUCAAUGGGUAUGCAUUGUCAGAGCAUAUAAAUGGACUUGAAUUUAAGGAACAGUGCUUCUUUAAAAGAUAAAAUCAUACGGCUGAUGCAGUAUUGACAUUAGAUUUUCAUUUCUACAUUUUAAGGUUGUUCUCUAAAUGUAAACAAAUAUUGUAAAAAUGUGUUUGUUUUUCUUGAAAGUGUUUAGACAUUGAAUGUGAUAAAGUGGGCCACCUUUAACCUUCAGUAAUUGAUCACAAAUUAAUUAUUAAAGUGACAUUCACUGAUUAUUUUAUAAUUAAUAAUGUAGGCUCUAAUUGAUUUUUUUUAAAGAAAAAAAAAAGAAAAGGAAAACAGAAAUAACAGGGUUCCCACUCGUCCUGGAAAACCUUGAAAACCUGGAAAAUUGAUGACAAACUUUCCAGUCCUGGAAAACACAUGGAAAAUUAGAGAAAAUGUAAAAUGUCCUGGAAAAUCUUGUUGUUGUCCUUGAAAAUUAUUUUUUAGAAAGUUCUUCAGCUGAGAACAAAGAGUUUAUCACUGGCCAAAAACAAUUACUGUUAGUUGCAGAAAGUGCGAUGUUCAGGAAUGAUGAGUUUUGACGUGAGAGUAGUAUUUUCAAUGAUGAUGUUUAGUUUUGUGUUGCCACUUGCAGCAGUUAGCUAAUUCUAUUAUCUGCUCAAAUGUAUGCAGUAAAUAGUAACUGGUAAGCAGCUACCUAAUUCAGUAACUUGCUAACUAAUAAUUUUUAUGUAAUAUAAGGUCAAUAAGAGAUUCAUUGUGCAGUGUAGCCAGCUUGAUUGAUUAUAACAGGAGUUUUCACAACAGUGCAGAACUUUGAGUUUCCACUGAAGUGAUUGACAGCUGCAGUGAUUAAAAAGGGAAAAUCUGUUUAUAACCCAUUUGCAAUUUGAAAAAAAAAAAAAGUUUUUCAUUCUGCUAAGUAUACACACUGCAAAGUUUUGGGAAUGACUAACUUAUUUAAAUGCGGGAUUGAAUCCAAAAUUAUAUUGAUUGACAUUGCGAUGGGACAGGGACAGAAAAUUCUAAUGUCAAAAUAGAUGUGUGCAUUGUGUAAAUGCAGACUAAUAGACCUGCCACAUAUUCUAUUAAGUGUCGUGGAUGUCUUUGUUAUUCAUUGACUUUGUCUUUGACUAAUAUUUUUAUUUUCAAUUAGUUAAACAAAACAUUAAAAUAGUUCCAAAUUUUUUGCUAUGAAAUGGACACUGGUAACGAGAACAAUUUGUCAAUGUAUGAUUAAGAGCUUAUAUUAAAAAUGAUUUUAUAGUUAAGUCAUGGCAAUAAACUAUGGAAGCUUGUUUCUGCCGCUGAAUAAAAAAAAAGUAAAAAAAGGUAAUUGCAACAUUUUAUCUCAAAAUUCUUAAAAAUUCUUGCAGUUGCAGGCUUACAUGAUUGUGAUAUAAACUCACAACUGCUUGAUAUAAAGUCAGAAUUGUGAAAUAUAUACUCACAAUUGCAUGUUAAAGUCAGAAUUGCUUCAUAUAAACUUGCAAUUUUUUGUUAUAAAGUCAGAAUUGCAUGAUAUAAACUCGCAAUUGUUAUAAAGUCAGAAUUGUGUGAUGUUAUAAACUCGCAAUUGUUAACAAUUGUGUUAUAACGUCAGAAUUAUAAAUCGCAUAAUUGUGAUAUAAACUCGGAAUUGCGAGAAAAGUCAGAAUAGCAAGAUAAAAAGUCGCAAUUAACUUUUUUAAACAUUUUUAUUCUGUGGCAGAAACAAGCUUCCAUAGACAUAAUGUAUGAUUGAGAGCUCAUUAAAAACUGAUUUUAUAGUUAAGUCAUGGCAAUAAACUGUACGCCUUUUAAAGACUUGCAGAGCAAUAUAUUACUUUACUUUGUCUUUUAUUACUGCCAUAGUAAAAUUGAAAAUGUCCUGGAAAAGUCCUGGAAAAUGAUCGCUGAAAAAGAGUGGGAACCCUGAAUAAGAGUCCAGUCAGAAAUUGUAAAGUCAUAGAUGAUGACUCCUACUGUAAACUGUUUUAAUAAAAUCUAGAAAAAAAAAAAAACUUGAAAAUAUGGUUACAUUUAAAGUUCAGUUCCACUUAUUAAUAUUUUUUAGCCUAUUUGUUGCAUAUUGUAGAGUUUAUUUUCAUCAAUAUUCUAUUACACUUGUGCAAAUUUAACGUCAGCACAACAUGUUCUAUUAGCUACAUUUACGCAUUUCACAGAUGCUUUUAUUGAAAGUAACUUACAUUGCAUUCAAGGUAUUCUCCUGCAUUUCCAUUAGAACAAAACCCAUGACCCUGGCAUUGUUAACACCCUUGUUUCACAACAGCCAAAUAUAUAUAAAUUUUACUCAUAGCCUAUAUGGUUUUGUUGAAUAUGAAUUUAUAUGUGUUAAUUAAGAUGCUUUUCUAAUUUUUAAAUAAAUGCAGGAUCAUUUUAUGAUAAAUCAGGGAGGGCCCACUUCAUAAGACCAUUUGUCUGGAGUGCAUGACCUCAAAAUGUUUAUACCUUCCAAAUAACAAACUAUUUGAACUAUAACAACUAUUUAAACUAUAUGAACUAAAUACAAAUAUUACAAAUUCAACAUUUUUUUUUAUAUAAAUCUCUGGUUAUCUAAAUUAUACAUUCAACAAAAUGCUGCCUACCUUACCUGAUUUUUACCUGUGGCCCUUUUUUUUAGGAGAACUGUAUGUGAGUAAUGUAUAUUUUUAUGUUUCAUUUGAUUGUCAUUUUAGUGCAUAUGUUGUUUAGUAAUGGGUAGUUUAAUGUGCCAUUGUAUACGGAACACAUUGUAGGAAUGUUGGAUGUUUAAGUGCAAUUAUAAUUUGUGUUAGUAUGUGGGCUGUAAUUUUUAUACAUUAAUCCUGUUUUGCUUUUACAAAUAAAAAAAUAAAUAAAUAAAAAAAUCUGGUGGCAAGAAAUGCUUACAGAAAAUGUGAUGGAAAUUUUUUGUGUGCUUUUUGGGUUGUGGAACCUGCCUGUAUUGAUUUUACCAAUAAAUAAAGUUUAUUUGAGCAAAAGA